CUUUUUCUAACUCUUUUGAAUUUUUUUUUUUUUUCUAUUUCUUUUUAUCUAUCUAUAUAUAACCAUCAUGUCCACUUCACUUUUGAAGAGUGUAUCAGUCACUCGUUCAUUCAUCUCUCGACCUACUGUAUGGAACGCUGCUCGCUCUGUUUCUCAAAACAGCAAGGCCGUCACUCAAGCUGAUGUUGUUAAUGUAGUCAACGUCGAUACAGUCUCUGGUGCACCUGACGCUUUGACCGAACGAAGUGUACGCAUCUUUGCCCCCGCUAAACCCGCCACUCAAAGUGGUAAGAACGGUACUAGACUCUGGCGUAUCGAUUUCGACAUUUUAGAGGAUGGUAACCGAUGGGAAAAUCCUUUGAUUGGUUGGGCCUCCAGUUCGGAUUAUCAACAAGCGUUGCAAAUCAAAUUCACAAGCAAAGAAGCAGCUAUUCAAUUCGCCGAAAAACAAGGUUGGAACUAUUAUGUGCAAGAACCUAAACCUGUCCAAUUUGUCAAAAAGGCAUAUGCUGACAACUACAAAUACUCCCCUGGAAAACUUAGAAUGAUCAAAACCAAAUAAAGAAAUCACAACUUUUGCUUCAUCACCUUAUCUCUUCAUUGAUUUUUUUUUUCUUCUUUAUUGUUGGUUAUCCUCCUCCUUUAUACACCUAGUCACCAUAAUAAAAAUAUAUAACGACC